AAAGAAAAAGAGACGAGGAAGGCUGGAAAACAACACCCGGAAGAAAAAGAGGAGGCAGACAAGCCGAGAGAAGCAGAGGAGGACGUCAAAAGGGCUACACCAUCUCCAUGGACUCUUCUUACACAUGAACUUCUCUUGACGGAGUCAUAACGCUAACGAUUUCUGCUUCAGCGACCUUUAAACAGACUCCUCGUUAUAUAGCCGCCGCCCCUUUCUGCGCCUGCUUGUUCCUUGGCGCUGCGCAUGACCACUGAGAAGACGAACCUCAAAUCGACGACUUCGCCGCCUUUUCUUCCUCAACGUAUUGCUUUGAAAUCUCAUGAUGGGGAAAUAGUUCUGCAAUUUGGUGGUGGAAAAUUGAGGUGGCUUUCAGAUUUUUUUGGGUAAACAAUCUGCUUUUAUCAUGGGAUCAGCUUGUUGCGUAGCUGCAAAGGAUCAUACUCUUCCAAACAGAACCAGGGUUGAAAGUUUGCACAGGAAUGACGUUUAUUCACCAUCAUGGAGUUUUCGAUGGGAUAGACGGGGACGUGUUGCUGGUGAAACUCAAAAUCAUUUGUACCACUCAUCUGGUGGAGUCAGCAGAAACAUUAGCAUGGAAUUAAAAGGGUCAUUAAGUUCUGAAAGAGGCAAUUUAUCUGACGGGGGCAGCACGGUGGAGAAUUCUGUUACUCCUAUUUCUCAGAAGUCUCCAAUCCAUGAGACGUUGGCUGCUAACCCAAUGACCCCAUCUUCAGAUCUGUCCAUGGCUAGCAAUUAUUCUACAGUGGUAAAGAAUCUGGCAUCAUCCGAAGUCGCAGAAUCUUCUGUACUAAAUCUUCCAUUUUCAAUACCUUCGGGUUUCUCAACACCUACAACAGAUCCUUUGCCUAAUCAUAAUUAUCAUCAUCUUCCCAAUUCUACGCCAUCAAGAUGGACUCGUCAAUCUCCAGGACACCCAUUGUUGAGACAGAUUUCUGAUAGUAGGAUCCUAGGAUUGAAAUCACCGGACAACUCAAUUUCUGAGGGGAGGCCAUCAUUUGUGUUCUCUACUUGCAGCAAUGAUAUAGCUGGAUCCCAAUGUGGAUCGUCUGAUGGCUGGUCCAUGCGUACCUUUUCUGAGCUUGUGGCCUCAUCUCAGAGGGAAAGGUGGUCCUUUGAUAGUGAGUACUUUGGUUCGGGUCGUCACAAGAUAAGUGGAUCCAGUAGUAGGUUCUCAUAUUCUCCUUCAAUGGAUCUACAAUCUUGCGGGGCUUGCUCAAAGCUAUUGUCCGAGAGAUCUGCAUGGAGCAACCAGAAAUUGAUUGCAAGCAACGACCUCUCAGCUGUUGCUGUUCUGGUCUGUGGUCAUGUAUAUCAUGCCGAGUGCUUAGAGACUAUGACAGCAGAGGCAGAUAGAUAUGAUCCAACUUGUCCUGUAUGUACGGUUGGGGAGAAACACAUGUCAAGGUUUUCGAGGAAAAUUCUUCGUGCUGAAUCAGAGAUGAAGGCUAAAAACUGCAGGAUAUCAAAGAACCGGGUGGUUGAUAGCUAUCUUGAUGGUGGUUGUGAUGUUUUCGAUAGGCGAAAAGACGUUGAAUGGGGAGGGGAGGUCCCGAAGAUGGAGCCUAACUCCAGUGGACGGACCUCGCUGGGGAAGCCAUUCUUGAGGCGUCACUUUUCACUUGGCUCCAAGUGGACCCGAUCACUGUCGGAGAAUGAUUCUGUCAGGAAGAAGGGCUUUUGGGCAAGAUAUCGCAGGGAUUGAAUUUCACUUUCUCUCAGUAAUUAUAGUAGAAACACCAGCAAUUUAGAAUGAAUUAAUAUUUUCCAUGUCGCCUGGCUUUGCCAAUAAUUUUAGAUUGUUUUAAGUUAAUUUUGAUUGUACAUCAGAAAAUCUUGCCUAGUUGAAUUUAGAUUGUAACGGAGGGCCCUGCGGGACACUUACGACAUGUUUGGAAACAUGUCGAAAUCAGUUUUGUGCAAGGGCUGCUUCUGUUGACGUGAUUGUUUCGGCAUAAGAGUGGUCAAAACCAGGUGAGACGUUUUCAAAUACAUCCUGAGCAGACGAGAGAGGGCGGGGCAAACUGCAGCAAUAUUCCUUUUUGAACGAAGGCGCAUUAUACUUUGCCUGCUUGUUGAUCGGUGGAUACGGAGCCAGGCCACUGCGCAUUGCAAAACUAAGCAAACGCUAAUAUGUUUCCCUCCUAUAUUAUAGUCAGCUAUAUGAACAAUCAUAUUAGUAUUAA